AUGCCGGGCUCGUCGCGGAUGCCCAUCAGCCUGCGGGACGGCCUCAACAGCGUCAAGAAGUCCCGCCACGGCAACCCCAUACAAUUUCUCAAUGUUGAACUACUCAAGAACAUCAUAUUUUUCUACUUCCUCCUGCGGUGGACACGGCGGUCCUUCUGGAAACUCAAGGGCCGCGGGCUGGUCGGCACCCUGGUCGAGCUGUACACGGACGCGCGGCGGAUCGCGUACGGCUGGUUCCUCCAGGCGCCCGGGGUGCGCACCAAGGUGAAGGCGCAGGUGGACGAGGCCAAGGCGAACCUGCAGAGGAAGCUCGUGCGCGCCGACGAGACGCGGUACCUGUCGCUGCCCAAGCAAGGGUGGAGCGACGAGGACCUGCGCGCCGAGCUUGGCCGGCUGGCGGACCUGGACCACACGCGUUGGGAGGACGGCUAUGUCAGCGGGGCCGUGUACCACGGCGAGGACCCGCUGCUCAAGCUGCAGACCGAGGCGUAUGGCAAGUUCACGGUCGCGAACCCCAUCCACCCGGAUGUGUUCCCCGCCGUGAGGAAGAUGGAGGCCGAGGUGGUGGCCAUGGUGCUGUCGCUGUUCAACGCACCGCCCUCGGCCGCGGGCGUGUCGACGUCCGGGGGCACUGAGAGUAUCCUGAUGGCGUGCUUGAGCGCCAGGCAGAAGGCCUACGUGGAGAGGGGCGUGACAGAGCCGGAGAUGAUUCUCCCUGAUACGGCGCACACGGCGUUCCGCAAGGCGUGCGAGUACUUUGGGAUCAAGAUGCAGCUGGUGGCAUGCCCGGCACCGAGCUACCAGGUGGACACGCGGCGGGUGGCACGGCUGAUCAACGCCAACACGAUCCUGCUGGUGGGCAGCGCUCCCAACUUCCCGCACGGGAUCAUGGACGACAUCGCGGCGCUGUCCAAGAUCGCGCUGCGGCGCAAGAUCCCGCUGCACGUGGACUGCUGCCUGGGGUCGUUCCUGGUGCCGUUCCUGGACAAGGCCGGGUUUGAGACGCAGCCGUUCGACUUCCGGCUGCGCGGGGUGACGUCCAUCAGCUGCGACACGCACAAGUACGGUUUCGCGCCCAAGGGCAACAGCACGACGCUGUACCGCACGGCGGAGCUGCGGGCGUACCAGUACUUUGUGAUCCCGGACUGGUCAGGCGGCGUGUACGCGUCGCCCGGGUUCGCGGGGUCGCGGCCGGGGGCGCUGAUCGCGGGGUGCUGGACGAGCCUGAUGAGCGUGGGCGAGGAGGGCUACCUAGACGCGUGCGUGCGCAUCGUCGGGGCAACCAAGCGCAUCGCGGAGCGCAUCCGCGACUCGCCCGUGCUGGCGGCGGAGCUCGAGGUCAUGGGCCGUCCGCUGGUGUCGGUGGUGGCGUUCACGGCGCGCAACCUCAACAUCUACGACAUCGCCGACGCCAUGUCGCAGCGCGGCUGGCACCUCAACUCGCUGCAGGACCCGCCCGCCAUGCACGUCGCCGUCACCAUGCCCAUCACAAAGGUCUGGGAGAAGCUGACCGACGACCUCGAGGCUGUCAUCGAGGAGGAGCGCGAGAAGGAGCGCGUGCGCAUCGCGCAGGGCAAGGGCGCCAGGGGCAAGGCCAUGGGCGACUCGGCUGCCCUUUACGGCGUCGCCGGCAGCCUGCCUAACAAGAGCAUCAUGGUGCAGCUGGCCAACGGCUUCCUGGAUACCCUGUACAAGGCAUGA